UUGCAUACAUAGUAUUCCACAUCAUUUAAAUCUCAGAAAAGAAAAUUCACGUCGCCAACCUAAUUAAUACAGUCACCAACAAAAAAACACCUAAACUUAAAUCAAAAUUCCCAAUUUCAUUUAGGGUAGAGUUAGGUUAAUUUGAAAAUUUGAGAUAUUUUGCACUCUCACCAUUACCAUCUACAUUCAUUUUUUUUUCGAAACACCAUCUUCAUUCAUUUUUAAUACUUCUCCAUCACUUCAUUUCUAACUCAGCACAACCAUGGAGCUUAAACACAACAAUGGCAGAAUUUCAUCAACAUAUCUUCAAAACCCAACAAUGGCGGAAACAAUAGUAUGUCCUCUUUAUGUUAGUGCGCCGUCUAUCCCUUGCCGGAUUAACAGAACCGAACACAUCAAUGGCGUGUUCUUUUAUAACUGCCCAACUAGUCCAAUGCAUUUUGCUAUUACUAUAGCCAAAACUUACUGAACUUAUGUUGUUUGUUUACCUUACCAUGGUCGUGAGUUUGAGUUCUUUGCAAGAUAUGUUUCUAUCGGGUCGGGUCAUUCUGGGCUGUCUAUGAGUUCUUCCGAUGAGUUGUUCUUGGACGGUCAUAUCCGUAUGAAGCUUUCUUCACAUUUGAAAAGUCCUCAAGUUCUUGCUCCUUCAAUGGAUCUUGAAAGCGAGGAAGACGACAACGAUGAUGCCGGUGGAGGAGGCGAUGAGAAUAAUAUGGGAAGCAAGAACGGCGGCGGCGGUGGUGCAAGACUGGUUAAAAGAGGAAUAGAUCUGAGAAUAAGGGAAGAAAAAAUCAAAAAAACCCAUGAUAAGAUCUAUUAUAAAAAAGAGAUUUCUUGUUUAAAAGAAGAAAAAAGUAUUAAUUUUGAAGAAGUAACAACUGAUCCAUUGAGAUUUUAUUCUCUGUAGAAUUAGGUUAAUUUGAAAUUUGGGGAUUUUAAUUUUAGGUUUAGAUUUUUUUGGUUGGUGAUUGUAUUAAUGAGAUUGGCGACGUGGAAUUAAUUUUUUAAGAUUUAAAAGA